UGAAUUAAACGUGAAGGAACUGGUUUCUCAGACACACUCGCACAUUCAAGAUGAUGAAAGGCUGUCUGUUGUUGGUUUUACUUUGUUUUAAAGGCGAUGUGAUUUUAUCAUAUAGUAACAAGAAUAAUGAAAAUGGAACGGCUUUGGACUUGAAAAUGUUUCCAAAGUUGUCACCACAAUUGUCAGAAAACAAUUCAUCCGCCUUGCUUGCACUUCAAAUGAAACUUGAUUUUCUGGCUGAUUUUGCAGGCAAAAAACGUCUCUGGAUUAUUGCAGCACCUGAUGAAGCCAAUCACUAUUACAAAAUGAUGGAAAAACAUAUCAAAGAGGCCCAAGGAACGCUAUUAAACUGCCAGUUAGCAGAAAGAGAUGUUUACAUCUUAACUAUUUUUCAUGGAGCUGUGAUGGAGGGGAAACUGCAAAAAAUAUCAAAAGAUGGAAUAAUGGUCCAGGAAGCUAUUAAUCAGGAUAUAAUUCCCCAGCUGAUGAACGUUUUAUUGCUAGAAUAUGGCAAGUUUGAAAUGAUAGUGAUGAAGAAGAACCUUCAGGUGUCAGAACGGUUUCCUUAUCCAGUUAGGACAGAAGCAGUUUUAGAAACCAUUGAUCAAUUUCCUUUAAGGAAAAUAGAAAAAGUAGCAAGACGUCGAUUUUUGCAGAAGUGUAAGAAACCAGGUAAACGGCAUAGAGCAGAAAGCAGAAAGAAAAAAUAUUACAAAUCCAAGCACACUCAGUCUGUUCCAAAGACUAUUUCUGUAUUAAUCAAUCAGAAAUCCGAAACACAGAAAGAUGAAAUUAAGCAGAAAGUUUGGCAGAUUCUGAAUGAGAGAUUUCCUUUGCAAACAACUGCAGUAACUGUAAGAGUUCCAAGUGACUUACUGACAGUAAGUGCAAAACAAAUACCUGAUGUGGACCAUGUCACUGUGCACAAUGUUCAGCUGCUGACUGACUCACAAAUUUCUGCUCCUACUGCUGAGCUCGUUUUGAAUCUGGGAAGAUACAUGUCACACAAUAUGGAUAGCAUUACGUCUGUUUCAUUUCCAGAAAUGACCACUGAGUCUUCAUUGAGAACAGAAUCUAUAUUUUCUGGUUUGGAUUCACUUGACUCAAAAAUAAGCUUCCAUACUGAUUACAUUGCACAUGGAGAAAAUCCAUCAACAGACAUCCAAGCAAAAGAUGUAAGCUAUGAAGUCAGUGCUAAAGCCAAAGAAAAAAGAAACAAAAGAAAGCAUAAGAAUGACAACAAAAGAGCAAACAAACAUGGAAAACGAGUGAGAAGACAGCAUCAGUGGGAAUGGAGCACCCAAGUGCUGGCAUUUCUGAAUCAUUUUAGAUAUAUCAGAAGGCUGCUGAUAAUCAGUGUGCUAGAUGCUGGCAAUGCCUAUUAUAUUCAUCAAAGAGACGAAUGCUUACAGCACUUUCAGGAGCUGGCAUUGAGAAACAUUUCUGUUAUCACUCUUCUGGGCUCCGACAAGAAUGGGACAGUAAUGCUUGAUUCUGAAGCUCCUUUUGCUACUGUAAUAUUAAAAUCUAUCGACUCCAACCUUGUUGCUGAACUACGUCAAAGGUUUGGAAUAUCACAGGAAAAUUUCCUCAUAACAUUAACAGAUUUUGACCUGAGACCUAAGAAAUAUUUUGACAGACCAGCUUCAAUACAAGAUUUAAUGAGAACAUUUGAUGCAUUUCCAUCAAGAGAACCAGAUGCUCUGCAAAACAAGAAAUACACAAUCACCUUUCAGACGUAGAUUGCCUACAAAGUUCUGAGCACUGUAGAGAAGAUGUAGCAAGAAUACAACUGAAGUGUCGUGGUGAACUGUAGUGAAAUUUGCAUCAUAACUGUCCACCUGAAGUUUUCAAAGAUGCAGAAAGACCAACAGAUGUUGAAGAAUGCUACUUCAUGUGGAAUUCAAUUGAAAUAUAUGUUUUUUUUUUUAAUGAAGCAUCUUUAUUAAAUGAUCACAUAUGGCUUAGGCAAUCAUAAAUUUAUAUAAAUGAAAACAAACCAUAUUGG